AUGGCCGCCAUUCAAGGCUUCUGUUCGGCUACGAAGGAGUACUGUCCGGCGGGACCACCUGGACCUAGCGGCCCUCGUGGAAAUCCGGGUGUUAAAGGAGACCGUGGUGAUACUGGAUUUCCGGGGAUACCUGGACCUAUAGGGCCUAGAGGUUAUCCCGGCGAUACAGGCGAAAAGGGAAGUAUGGGUAGGCCAGGCUUCGAUGGAAGAGACGGUGUCCCCGGAGAGCCAGGAUUUGACGGCAAACCCGGAAGGAACGGCCACGACGGUAUGCCCGGAAUUAACGGAAGGCCGGGCGAUCGCGGGAAAGACGGUCGUAAUGGAACGGACGGUCUCCCGGGACUAAGAGGACCGCAAGGACCUCCGGGACCGCAGGGCCCAUCGGGCAUCGCCGGUCCUCGAGGUAGGACGGGAAAGCCCGGCAAUCACGGAACACCAGGAAUACCUGGAAUUACAGCGUGGAAGACUAGAGUCAAUGGAAGUUCUGAACUUCUUAUGGCACCAUCUAUAGCAGGAAACACUUAUGGAGCAUCGAGAGAGCCGAUCAUCGUCUACGAAGGCGAAAACAUUCGCUUACGAUGUGCAGCAACAGGUGUCCCCAAACCCCACAUCGAAUGGAGACGUACAGAUGGACAAUUAAUAUUUACGGGAACAUAUCGCGCCAUAUCCAUACCAGGAGAAGCCUUAAACCUAACCCAAAUCAAUCGUGUUCACAUGGGAAGUUACCAAUGUCUUGCCGAUAACGGAGUCCCUCCACAGGCGAAUCACACAUUUAACUUGGAAAUUCACUUUCCCCCACUGAUAAGAAUAAAGAAUCAAGUGAUCGGGGCUGCUUUAGGAAGCUACGCCGUAUUAGAAUGCGAAGUGGAAGCCUUUCCAGAGUCCGUUAGGUACUGGGAAAGAGCGGAUGGGCGAUUAUUAGAGCAUGGUGAAAAGUACAAAAUACUUAACAAUGAAGAAAGGAAUGGAUACAAGGCAAAGAUGGUGCUAAAUAUUACAAGAAUUCUACCCCACGACUUUACUAUGUACCACUGCAUUAGCAAAAAUGAAAGAGGAAUAACCAAAGGCGCCUUUACUGUCGACGAAAUCGAUCCAACACUCGCCACGCCACCUCCAAUUCUAGACGGAAGUAACGUAGCAGUCUUUGGAGUACAACCCCCUGAAAUAGUUUCCUUGGAACAGUUAUGUCCACCACCACCACCUUGCGAAAAAUGCACCGCCAUUAAGCACACCAGUAAAUCCUGCACCGGCUCUGGAUUCCUCUUCGAUCUAAUAUAUCGAUGGGAGUUGAGGCAAUACGGAACCGAUAGGUAUCCAGGAUUUCCGAGUCGAAAUUUGGAUUGCGAACUGUACGCUGUUGGAAAACCGGUGUAUCACGGUUACAUUAACAUGAUAUACGGCUCCUGGAUGAAGGACUCAUCUCCUUCAAACGAUGCAGACGGUGAAAAGUACUGGAUUACCAACGAACAUGAACCAAGUAAAUUGUACGAGUUCGAUAAUAAAAACGUGUUCCGCAAAAGCAACGCCACCAGAACUUACAAAUUAGAAAUACCAUUCCAAGGAAAUGCUCACGUUAUUUACAACGGAUCAUUUUACUAUCAAGCUUUGGGGAAACCAAAAAUAAUUCGGUACUUCUUGAAUAAUGAGAGCAAAAUGGAGAUAGGUGUACCGAAACUCAAUGUCACGAAUGAAAAUUAUCUUUAUAAAACGGAAAACAACUACUUGGACUUCAGCGUGGAUGACAAUGGUCUUUGGGUAGUAUUCCCUGUACCCGACGCAAACAACACUGCAGUUAUGAAGAUCGAUAUUUCCAGCAUGCAAAUUCAAUACAUAUGGAACAUAAGUAUAGACCAUCAUUUGGUCGGCGAAAUGUUUGUGGUUUGCGGAGUUCUGUACGCGAUAGAUAGUGUUACCGAAAGAAAUACGCGAAUCCGUUUCGCGCUGGAUUUAUACAACAACCGUCUGCUAGACAUUAAUUUAAGCUUCACCAACCCCUUCAGCAGAACCACCAUGGUCGGGUACAAUCAUCGCAAUAAGGAACUCUUUUCGUGGGACAAGGGAAAUCAACUGACCUAUCCGAUUCGGUACAAUGAAAUUGGCAACUACACGAAUAGAGAUGACAUACUUGAACACAACGAGUUCUUAAAUAAAUAAAAUAAUAUUAUUUUCAAUCGCUACACUUUCAUAUUUCGUUUUUUAUGUGUAAAUAACUGUAAAUGUUUCCUGUACCUAAUAAAUUUUUUUAUAAUCGGCA